AUGACAGCCGGUACUGUGGUCAUCACCGGGGGCAUCUUGGCGACUGUGAUUCUGCUCUGCAUCAUCGCGGUUCUGUGCUACUGCCGGCUCCAGUACUACUGCUGUAAGAAGGAGGAGUCGGAGGAGGACGAGGAGGAGCCCGACUUCGCCGUGCACUCGCACCGCAACCUCGUGCUGACCGACGGGCCGGCGCUCUACCCGGCCGCCUCCACCUCCUUCAGCCAGACGUCCCCGCAGGCCCGCGCCCUCUGCCGCAGCUGCUCCCACUACGAGCCGCCCACCUUCUUCCUGCAGGAGGACGAGGGCGUGCGCAACGGCGGGGAGCGCGUCGCCUACAAGAGCGUCAGCCGGGAGGACGUGGCGCUGCCGCCUGGGAGCUUCGGGGCCCUGCAGGCCCUCAACCCCAACCGCCUCUCGGCCAUGCGGGAGGCCUUCUCCCGGAGCCGCAGCACCAGCACCGACGUCUGA